GCGAGCACGUCUCACUUGCUCCUCCUCCGCUACCACAGCGCCUUGCCCGCUUAUACAGCCAGGGAGGAAGCGGCGGCAUUAGCCCCUCCCACAACACGACGACAGUCGCCCGGGACAUGGAGCGGCCUUGAUUCACCGUUUACACUACAGCUAUAGACCUGCAAAGAGCAGGGAGGCAGCCGGCACCCAACAUGAGUAACAACAACAAUGCAGUGAACAACAGGCAGAGCAAAAGGGUCACCAACUCUGGCUCUAUUCUCCUCACCUCGCAGGAGAAUGAGGCUCUGUACAGCUACCUGGGCAAGAAGUGUAUGACUAUUAACUCAGCUGUUGCCCAACUUUUCGUCUCGGAUCGUAAUUCCACAUGGGCAAAGAAAUGUUGUGGAGUAGUAUGCCUGGUGAAAGACAAUCCACAGAGAUCCUAUUUCAUUAGAGUAUAUGACAUAAAGGAUGGUCGGCAACUCUAUGAACAGGAGCUUUAUUAUCAUUUUGUAUAUAAUAGCCCACGAUCCUAUUUCCAUACAUUUGCUGGUGAGACAUGUCAAAUUGGUCUCAAUUUUGCAAGUGAAGAAGAAGCAAGAAGAUUCAGAAAAUCAGUAACUGACUUACUUUUGAGAAGACCUAAAAAACCCGAUAAAAAGCGAGAUCCUCUAAAUGGGCCAAGUCUGCCUAUGGCAACUGUUGAUAUUAAAAACCCUGAAAUAACGAACAGAUACAGCGUACACGUGAAUAACAUUCCCUAUGCUAAAGAUAAGAAAAAAGGCAAACCCAAGAAGAAGAAGCUUACUAAAGCAGACAUUGGAACACCUAGCAAUUUCCAGCACAUUGGACAUGUGGGCUGGGAUCCAAACACUGGAUUUGAUGUGAACAAUUUGGAUCCAGAACUGAAAAAACUGUUCGACUUGUGUGGUAUCUCUGAAGCGCAACUUAAGGAUAAGGAAACCUCAAAGGUCAUUUAUGACUUCAUUGAAAAAACAGGAGGUGUGGAAGCUGUAAAAAAUGAGCUGCGCAGGCAGGCUCCACCGCCACCACCACCUUCAAGGGGCGGUCCCCCACCUCCUCCAUUGCACAACUCGGGGGCUCCACCCCCCCUUCCACCAGCAAGGGGUGGCAUCGGUAAACCACCACCACCUCCUGCCAGAGCUCCUACAGCUGCACCCCCACCGCCUCCACCUCUUCGGCCUGGAGCAGCAGGACCGCCACCUCCUCCACCUAAUAGAUUGCAUCCUCCCUCGCUGCCAGGUCACUCUUCAUCUGCACCUUCUAGUCCCCCACCCCCUCCUCCUCCUCCAAUGCCAGGAUUUGGGGCACCUGCCCCACCCCCUCCUCCACCACCACCAGGGCCCCCACCACCUCCUGGUCCUCCACCUCCACCUGGAUCUGCUGCAGACAGUGACCACCAGGUGGCACCUCCUAGUGGCGGCAAAGCAGCUCUACUAGAGCAAAUCAAAGGAGGAGCACAGCUAAAGAAAGUAGACAAUAAAGAAAAUCGACCCGUGUCUUCCACUGGACGAGAUGCUCUGCUAGACCAAAUACGGCAGGGUAUUGUGUUAAAGGCUAGACAAGAGGAAGCUGAUGCUCCAGCACCUUCAACUCCCACGGCCCCCACAGGAAUAGUGGGUGCUCUGAUGGAAGUGAUGCAGAAAAGGAGUAAGGCCAUUCAUUCUUCAGACUCUGAUGAAGACGAAGAUGAUGAAGAAGAAUUUGAGGAUGAUGAUGAAUGGGAGGAUUGAUCUACACAUUAUAUAAAUAUAUAUAAUAUAUAUUUUUUUUAAAGUGAAUGAAUAAUAAACAAUACUUUUCUGUCUGAAUUCUGUAAAAUUAUCAUGUAAAUGGUCUACCAAUUUGCUGUAUAUUUUUGUUGCCUUUUUGCUUUUUUAAUAAUCUGUGCAAUACCUCAUUGGAGAUGCAAAAGUUUGUCAUAACACUGCGCACACAUCUUCCUCCCUGUGUGUGCAAGCUCCUGUGACCUACACAAUGACAUUAGUGAAUAUGUAACAUCCAACUGACAAGCUCUAGGGGGAGAAAAGUGAGGCAGUGACAGAGAACCUUUAAUGCAAUUGUUAGAAUUAAAAAAAAAAAAUACUAUUUUCUUACCCUGAUUUUUCUGUAUCUAAAUUUCUUAAGGAAAUCUAGCCUAGCACUACAUUUUUAAGUGAUGCUGAUCUUUGCUAAUUAGGCCCCCAUCAUUUUGAAUGCAAUGCUAAAUGUAUGUUAAUUAUGUAUGUCCUAUUUUUUGCACGAUUUUUUUUACACUACAAAAACAUCAGUUUGUAUUUUUGCAGCCACUACAGAUCUGCUAUAGUAAUAGUUGGGAAGAAGCGAGCAAUAGCAUCUGCUAUUUUUCAGCAAUAUUAACUUUAGAUUUCCUUUUUCCACUCUUGUCUAUGAAAGCCACACAGCACUCUUAACGAGUUUUUUUUAUGAAUGUGAUAUCAGGGGUGAGGCGGCAUGACUGACACAGCAAUGCUUCGUAAUUCCAAUCUACAAGACAAUUCAUCAUUGCAAAAAUGACAAACACUACUGCUGGGUUAGUAAACUGCCCGAGAUGACACUUAAGAAAUCCAGGCGUUGUGAUGUAGCCUGUUUUGCACUUUCAUUGUAUCCACUUUGACAGAACUGCUUGGUGCUUGCUUCUCUAAUGUUAGGUGAAGUUCCUGAAUUGCGGGCAAGUCGCAUUGCAGACGCUCCAAAACAUUCAGUGCCGUUUUUCUUGUGCUGCAUUCUGCUGUAUCAAAGAGCAAACACUAAAAGAAAAUAAUACAGGAAAAAUCUAUCUUGAAUGGCAUAUGAAUAUUAGUCUAUAUGGUAAAAUAAACACUAAUAUGUAAUG